UUCAGAGUCAUCUUUUUCCUGCAUGCAGCAGACAUCCUCAGGUAGCUUAGUUUGCGCUUAAGAGUGCAGGCUCCACAGUCACACUGCCUCCGUUUGCAUUCUGACUCUGCUGCAUCCCCACUGUGUUUUCUCAGUUCUUCAUCCACAGAAUGAGAAUUAUAGGAAAAGCAGCUACCCCUUAUGUUUAUCAUCAGUAUUAACAGUGCUUGUGAAACAUAAUGAAAACAUUAUGUGAAAACAUAAUGUGAAACAUUAUGAAAACACAUAAUGUUUUCAUAGCCAUUAUUUUUAAACUUUAUUAUCCUCUUUUUUUCCUUUUUUGCCCAUGACAUCAACAUUCUUCAGGUUCUCCAGGCCAGAAAAUGUGGGAAGGACAGUGAUGUCCCCUAUCUUGGAGUCUGCCUUCAAAAUGUUUCUAUUUCUGUUCCUAUGAUGAGCUUCAGCUCUUCCUUCUUCCUUAACUCCCACAUCCCCUCUGUCACCAAGCCCAGGCAGGACUUCCAACACACUGUCACAUUCAUCUCCAUUGUCACCUCUCUGUGAAGUCUUUCCACCACAGCUAUUACUUGUUCCUUUAUUUUGAACACAUAUUUCCUUGCCGUUCUUAUCCUGCUAUCUUUACUCCUGAUAUCUUUGCACACCUAUCUCUGUCUUCAGUAGAAUGUAAGCUCCUUGAAGAUAGGGGUCAGUCUUAUUCAUCCUAUAUUCCUAGCACCCAGCAAAGUUAUUCAAGUCAGGUAGGCAUCAGGAAAUAUUUGGUGGUGUUAUUUUCCUAUUCCUAUCCUGUCACAUUGUGUCUGGAUAACUCCGAGGCCUCCUGGGCUCUGUUCUCAACUGGCUCUAUCAUCACUCUGAUAUUCUUUCUUAAAGUGUUUCAUGUCAUUUCAUUGCUCAAGCCCCAUGACAACUUCCUUUCGACUAUGACAUUGUUGACAUUUAUCUGCUUAGUUUUCAAAGCUCCCAUCAAUUUGGCCCCUUCCCAAAUAUCCACACUUGAUUUUCCCAUGACACCCCAUUCCCUCCACCCCAAAAAGAAAAUCACAGUCUUGCAAAUGCAUCCUUCUGUCUUAGCUCUUGCUUCCUACCAAGACGGAAUGGAAUAUUCUCCUCCUUCCUUUCACCAUUGAAAUCCCACCUAUCUUAUUCAGGAAGCCUUCUCUCAUAGCCAGAGACUAAAUCCCUCAGCCUUUAGGGUAACAGUCCUGGCUGCAAAAUUAAGCUCUGUGAGGGUAGACAUCAGUUAGGAUGCUUUUGGUGGCAACCGAUACAAAAAUCUGAUAAAAAUUGGUGUAACCAAUAAAGGGAAUUUAUUGGUUUACAUACCUUAACUUCUAGCAGUAGGGCCGCCUUCAGGCAGGGCUCAACACUGUUCCAAGAACCUGUUUUCUUUAGGUCUGUCCUCUCUGGGAAUAGCUUCAGUGUCCCAGAAAGACUGUCAGAAGCUCCCAGAACCUCAAGCUUUCUUAUUUAUGUAUAGGAGGAAAAAGAAAGUCUAUAACCCAGGAUUUCCAACAAAAGUUUUGAGAUUCAUUCUGAUUCCAGAGGCACGGGAACAUGCCCAUGCCCUAGUGGCCAGGGGAUGGAAUGUGCUGAUGGACACUUAUGAAUCGGGGGGUACAGUUAGCCUCUCCUAACCACACAGAGCCACAACAGAAACAGGAACUGGUGGAAGGCAGGGAUGGAUGGGGUAGAGACAACCACAAACGUCCCUACAUACUUUUUUGGUCUUCUGCACUGAACACAGUGCUGGGCACACAGCCAGUGCACAAUGACUGUCAGAUGCCUCAAAUACCAGCUUCCUCCUCUGGAUGUUCAAAUGAGAGCUGAAUCUAGACUUCUGUUCCUUUGGUCCCCAUUGUCCACUCCCACCACCCCAAGAUCAUUACACCUCUGCUCCUCAGCAGUCCUGUCUGUUACAGACAAACAUGCCCACACUUUUGGUUAUUUUUUUUUUUAAACUAAAGACAAAUUCUAGCUUAGAGUCCUUAGGCCACCCAGUGGUUCCCUCCACUCCAGCCUCCUGCCCGCACCGGGUGAAGGCAGGUCAAUAGCCUUGAGUCUCUGGGGGACCAGCUCCCCCCAUCACGAGACUCUCCUGGGAUCCGUGAGGGCUGCACACCGUGACGGACUCUUCCGGCAGAGGGGAAGCCCGAGCUUUUGGGGAAUUGAGGUCGCACUGGCCUUUCCCGCCAACACCCCUUCCCCAGAAAGGCGGAGAACUACCCCCUACCCUCUCGCCCCGCGCAUGCGGCCUAAGGCCCCAGCCCCCCUCUGCACAUGCUCAGUACACGCCCUCGGCCAGCUGGCUCGCAUCCAUGGCAACCUGCUAGGCAACCAGGAGUCAGUUGGUCUGAGGCCUUGAACUCCAACUGUUGGAAGGGGCUGAGGCUGAGGUGGAGUUUGAGGCUGUGAUAAGUCCCUUUGGGGUCAGAGCUGUGGACUUGGGCAGGAGCAGACUCAACAGGGCCGUGGUGGGCUGGGCCAGCGGAGUGGUAUCUCGGGCCCUGGGUGGCAGCUGUCGCCUCUGAGCACGUCUACGGAGGCCACAGCCCUGGGCUCUCAGCUCGGUCUAGUCCCGCAGGUGACUGGGUUAGGAGGGAAGUCUGUGGCUUGGGUUAGGGGUCAGUUUGUCACCAGGACUACGAUUUGCGAAGGGGCGUGUGGUCUUACCCCCGAAGCCCCUACAACUGGGGUGGAGAUGGGGGGAAAAAAACUAACGUAUGUUGAGCUACUUAAAUAUGCCAGGUGCUUUCCAUAUCUCAUCUCCUGGGCGGUAACUGAAGCACCGAGGUGAAGUGAGCACACAGCCAGCAGACUGUGAAGGAUUUACUACAGCUAAAUCCUUCUCUGAAAUCCCAGCUCUUGCUCUUUCAACCCCUCCCCUAUUUCCUGAGCUGAGCCUCCCCGGGCAGGUGAUUCUGGGGACACCCUGCGCGUCGGUGGGACCGGGUGCGCCCGCAGAGAGGCCGCAAACCGCAGAGCUGAGCCCAGCCCCGGCCAAGCGCCCUCUCCUGGGCUGUGGGCUGCAACUCAGAUAAACAGCAACUCAGAUAAUAGUGCCGCUUGUUCUCAGGUGUUUUCUCCCAAGGAAAUGGACUCCUCCCCAGGGCCUGGGAUGCCUUUGCCCAAAUACUGCAGCGUGGCCACAACCCUGAAGGCCCCUGCCUGGGCCGGCACUGCUCCUCCCUGGGAACUCUCCUUCGUCUGCCCUCUCACCUCCCAAGCACCCUGGCUCACCCGGCAGAGGCCUCUCACCAGAUAUGCAUCUUAUGACCCGUGUCUCCACAUUGCUGACCCAGCAUGGCAGGGGCCUGGCUGGCUGAGAAGAGGUGGAGAUGCUGCGGACGCAUGGGUCCUGGCAAGAAGGGAAGCAGAUGGCUUUUAUUACAGGGCUCAGAUAAAGGCUGCUCCCGAGCUGGAGAGGCAGGGGUUCCUGCUGGUGGAAUUUGAGGCUCCCCUUGUCACAUGCCCAGGGCUGCCAGCCCAGUGGCAGAGCGUGGUCUUGGAGGAAGAUGUCAUUCAGUUCUCGCCAUCCGUGGAAUACUCACUGCGCCUUGGGGACAAGGUGCUGGCACUCUGGGGACCAGACCAACAGUGCUAUGGCCCCGGCACCAUUCCUUUGGGCUUGGAGGCAAGAGACCCCCAGAGAGCAUCCAAAGAAGAAGAAAUUACUGUUCACUUCUGGAAUGGCAGGACAGCUCCUGUGCCUCUUGGAGGGGUCAGGUGGGUGCCCCCAGCUGUCUGGAAGAAGGCUGUGAACAGGCUGCACAAGCCUUUCACCACGGAGCACCCCAGGCCCCUCCUCUGGGCCACUUGCUGCUCUCUGGUGGGGCCGGUCGCUGGAUGUGUCACCGGCGGGCUUCCUCUGAGCGCUCCAUUCCUGUGCCCUCCCUGCCACCCGCAUGCCUGCUGCCAGCUGCUGGGCCAGGGCUGCCUCUGCUGCCGCCCCUUGGCUGGACCCACCUGGUGGCCUCUAACCAGAACCUCAGGGGUCACAGCCAGAGAGCAUCCAGAGACGGAGCUGAAGCCCACGGCACAGCUUUUGCCCCUUGAGGGUCCUAAGGAGGAAGAAGUAGCAGUGCAGGCUCCCAUGGCUGUUUCUUCCUCCUCUACCUCCUCUUCUUCUGAAGAGGAGGAUCUGGAGAAUGAGCUGAAGAUGGGCCUUCCCCAGAGGCUGCUGGUGGACAGCACAGGCAACACGGCCCCCAUCCUUCUUGAGGAGUCUCCAAGGAGGCAGGGUGGCCUCUGCCAGCCGGAAUGGAGGUACUGGAGGAGAAACGGGUCCGAGCCGCAUCCCAGGAAGCCAGGAACAAGACUUUGCAACAUCGGGAAAGAAGAGAAGGGUAACAAACAACAGAAAGUGAAAACUGCAGCAGCGGGGAGUCCCAGGGAGCUGGUCCUGGAAGCCACUGGCAUGAAGCCACUACAGAUCUUGCCAGAGGAAGCUGAACACAAAAAACUGAGUCGGGGUACUGCGGCACAUCAGGAGACCAGAAUUCCCCCUAAACGAAAAGCCCCAAGGAUCUAGGAAGCUAAAGAGUAGAUACCUGAGGAGGAGUUAGUUACAAAGUGGCUGACACAAGGCCUUCUUCUAUGGAAAUGGUACAGUGCAGGCCACAGGUGAUAGUCCAAUAAUCUUCACCCCAGGAAGACAUCCCUGCAGAUAAGUGGCAGGAAGGCACCUGUCCUAAGGGGCACAGGAGUGUGGCGGCCCUGGCGAGGGCUCCCUUCCAGGGGCCUGGUGCGAUCUGCUUGAGGAUGCCUCUUCCACAGAAGCUACAGAAC